GUGCGACCGCCAUAUUGGACACCACGCCAGCGUAAUGACUGCGUAAGAUCAGUGAAAAGUACUUGUUUUUAUCAGAUAGAAACAGUGUAAGACGUACUGACCAAAGUAUAUCGACAGGAUGGAGGCCGUUAGAGCCUUCAACAAUGAGCUCUCUUCAUUGUAUGAGACACGGCCACCCAUAUCCCGGGCAAAAAUGGCCAAUGUUACCAAAGGUGCAAUAAAAGCUAUCAAGUUCUACAAGCAUGUCGUGCAAAGUGUGGAAAAAUUCAUUCAAAAGUGUAAGCCGGAGUACAAAGUUCCAGGACUCUAUGUGAUAGAUUCAAUAGUCCGACAAUCUCGCCACCAAUUUGGAUCUGAUAAAGACGUCUUUGCACCAAGAUUUACAAAAAAUGUUGUUGCUACUUUCCAAAAUCUACUGAAGUGUCCACAUGAGGAAAAGAGUAAAGUGAUCAGAGUAUUAAACUUGUGGCAGAAAAAUGGUGUUUUUCAAAGUGAGAUAGUACAGCCAUUGCUGGAUCUAGCUGUGGACUCAAAUGACAUGAAUCUUGUUUCUGCUGCUCAAAGAGCUGUGGACAGUCUUACAGCAGACAAGGCUGGGCCCAGUGGAGCUGGCCAGGCUGGCCAGUCAAACACUGCGGAGGGAAGUGGUGAUAGCAUGGAAAUAUCCUCACAGAAUGACAUGCUCAACACCGUUACCCAGCUCCUUCAGCAGACCCAAACGGUAGGGUAUGACUCGGGAACCACAAGUCUCAGUGCCCAGCAGCAGCAGUUACAACAGCUUCAAUUACUGCAGCAACAGUUGAUACAGCAGACACAGUUGAUGCAACAGGCACCUUCUCAACCAGGCUCAUCUCACGCGAUUGACAGCAAUCUUCUGUCUCAUAUACAGACUCUCACAAACCAGCUUCUAAACAAGACUGACAAGACUGAAGGAGGCUUUAACAAGAAAUUACUAGAUUUUGACUAUGGUGAAAGUGAUGAGGAUGAUGAGCAUGGGAUGUCGGGUGCAGGAGGGGGUGGCGGUGUGCCAAACCUUUUAAAUGAUCCAGCUUUCUUGCAACAAAUACAACAAAUGUCUCAAACAAUCCAGAAGACGGAGCAAAUACAAAAUGAAUUGAGCAUGCAGAAACUUCUACAGCAACAGGCUGAAUUCGACCAGCAAAUUAGACAGCCUCCAAUGCAACAGAUUCCCUCCCUCAUGCCCCCUGAGCCACACCCUCCUCCUCCUAUGCAGCCUGGGUACCAAAUGAUGCCAGAACAUCAGCCUCCCGUGGACGAUUAUCAGGACAUAGAUGAACGAUCUCAGGAGCCCAUUGAAGAGGAGCGUCACAGAGAGGAUAGAGAUAGGGACCGCAAACACCGCAGAUCAAAGCAGUCAUCAAGAGAUCGAUCUCGCUCUAGAACUCCUAAAAGAAGGCGACGUACAAGAUCCCGAUCCCGAGACAGGCGGAGAAGAUCAAGGUCACGAGACAGGCAUCGCAGGUCAAGGUCCCGUGACAGGGAAAGGGAGAAACUAAGGGAACGAGAGAGAGAAAGAAGGAAGAAAGGUUUGCCAGCAAUCAAAGAGGAAUGUCUCAGUAUUUGUUCCACAACACUUUUCAUUGGUCACUUGGCUAAAAGCACAUCAGAGGAAGAAUUACGAGGGGAACUAGACAAAUAUGGAACUGUGGACACGCUGCAUAUUAUACCUCCAAGAGGAUGUGCAUUUGUGUGUAUGUCGAGGAGGAAAGAUGCAAACAAAGCAUUAGACAGAUUGAAGGGAUACAAGCUCAAUGGAUCUGAUUUGAGAGUUGCUUGGGCCCCUGGUAUAGGUGUGAAGGAAUCCGAGUUCAGGGAACAUUGGGAAGUGGAUGCAGGGACCACGUACAUCCCUUGGAGCAAGCUGCCUGAUGAUCUCACUAACUUAAUAGGUGGAGGAAUCAUUGACGAGGAGACAUUACCGGAACAUCUAAAAGGUUCUCUGAUUGGGAGGGAAAUGCCAGAUGUUGCUGAGGAACAGAGCCAACAGGCUCCCCCACCUCAUCCUCCGCUGCCCAACAGCCAGGGACCACCUCCUCCAAUGGGACUACCAGGCCCUCCGACCAGCGGGCCUCCUGGAGGCCAGUUUCCUCCUCCUCCUGUCCCAGGUAUGUUACCCCCUACCUCUGUGAUGCAACACAUGGGGGUGAUGCAGCACAUGAUGGUACAAGGAGGACUUCCUGGACAAAUGCCUGGGAUGCCACCACAGAUGACUAUGGCAGGCAUGCCCCCUCAGCUUCAGUCAAGCCAGGGUAUUCCCUCAGUGCCUGGCAUGAUACCCCUCCCAAGUGGGAUGCCUACAGUCAGGCCUCAGAUAGGACAAAUAUCCUCUGCAGGAGGCUUACCACAGAUAACAUCAGCUGCAGGGUUGCCUCCUUCCAGUGUGGCUAGUCUAUUUACCAGCACAGGUGGGCUGACCCAUGUGUCUGAAGCUGCCAUCAAUGCUGCUCUACGCCCAGGAUUCCCGGCUGGGGCAGGAUUCCCUCAGCGCUUUGGAAUCAAUUUGCCCCCAGGACAGGGCUUCAGGAUGCCUUUGUUUAAUCCAGCACAAAACGUGCUCCAACAACCCCAAAUACAGCCCAAACCAUCUCUGUUGGGAAUUAGACCACCAUUCAAUAUUAAUCCUGCCGAUAAGAAAGAAGAAAAACCGUCUCUGCUCGGUCGCCCCCCUGGUGACUGGCAGCAACAGUCAAAGCCUCAGCCUCCACCAGAAUUCUCUGAUGAUCUAGACACAGAUGACCGUGAUAUUAGAGAAAAUGCCAGUAGUAGUUCCCAGUCAAAACAAGAAUUUGGUGGUAUUCCACCGUUUGGAUCUCAGGGAAUUCAGGCAGCUACACAACAGGACAAUAUGAGUCAAUCUGGCCAUCCCCCAGGGGCUGGCAGAGGUAUGGGACCAGGUCUUGUGCACCCACCUAAUGUUGGCAUGGCUCCUCCAAAUUUUCGAGGACCUAGACCAUUAAUGGACAUGAAUGGACCCAUGGGCCCAGGCAUGGGUCUAAGAAUGGGAGGACCACCAGACGCAUCAAACAGAUUCAUGAGUCCCAGAGGACCAGUGCCAGGCAACAUGGGACCAAGAGGAUUUCAAGGGGGUCCUCCAGGGCCUGGUGGGCCAAGGGCAGGUUUUAUGGGCAACAGGCCAGGGAUGCCCUUUCAAAGGUUCCCUGGUAAUUUCCAACCAAGACCUGGUUUUCGAGGACCUCCUGGUGAUAUGAUGAGGCCUAGAUUUGAUAUGGGAGGCAGAAUGAAUGCUCAUGAUGGGGAAUCGGGUAAUGAUGAAGAAGAGGACAAUUUCCGCAAAGAAGAGAACUUUGAAAGAGGACGCCCUCCUUUUGGUAAAGAAGAAAGUGGUCCCCCAGGGCAGAAAUGGGGAGAUAAUGAUGACAAGGAUGAUGACUUUCAAGAUGGAGGUGGAUUUAGGAGGGACUUCAAUAGAAGGGAUAGAGGAGGACGAGGUGGAAGACGUGGGAGGGGGAGAGAUAGUUUUGGUGGUAGAGAUGACAGAAGGGGAGACUUUGAUAGGCGAGACAGACGAGAUGAUAGAUACAAUAGGGAUGACCGGGGUCGGAAUGACUGGGGAAACAGGGAUAGAGGUAGGGACAGGCGUGACAGAGACCAGGACGGUCCAGGCUUCAGGGAUAGGGGACGAGACAGGGACGAUGAACAAGAGUCAGUAGGAUUCAGAGACAGGGGUAGGGAAAGAGACGGUGAACAGGAAGGUUCUGGGUUCAGAGAUAGGGGACGGGAUCGUGAGGGUGAGCAAGAGGGAGGAAGCUUUGGCAGAGACAGGGGUAGGGAGCGAAGGGAACGUGACAACCGUGACCAGGACCGUGACAGAGGAGCAAGGAGAGCUAGUAGGUGGAGUGAUGUGACGGAUGUUGAACUUCAAGAAAGUGCACCUACUUUACCGGAAGUGUUACCUGAUAAACCGGUUGAAGCUGAGGUGAAAGGUCCAAAGGAGGAUGGAGAAGUGGGUGGAUCUCGGGAGGAAGGGGAAGUAGCAAGUACCCCUGCUCCGCCCCCACCUCCUGUAGUUAAUGUACCAGACAGUGUAGUAACUAAAGUGAAUGAUCCAGAACAUGAAAAAGAGACCCAUCCGGUUCCUCCUUCGGACAAUAUAGUGCCGGUUGUUAAACCAGUGACAAAUGGAGAAAGUGAACCCAAGCCUGAGGAACCUCCAAAGCGAGAUCCAGAAACACUAGAGGAGGGUGAAAUAGAAUGAAAGUACUGAUUAUUUUAGGCUGAUUUUGUGUUUCUUUGUAUUGUGCGUCUUCAAGAAUUUCCUCUGUUCAUCAGAUGGGGGGAAAACAGAUGGAGUAAUGAAUGUGAUAGGACACGAGUCGUUUUCAUGAAUUCAAAUCAUCCUUCAAUUAUCAUUAGUAUAUUACAACAAAAGAACUUCAGAAAGAAAAUAUCUGUUGCCUGUUGAUAUUUUAUGGAUCGUGUUUGUAUUUUAAGCUGUGAACUGCUUAUAACCAGAAACAGCAAGAUUUUAUUUCUCUGUUACUAGACCCAACAUCCGUGAUGUAAGAUAUAUAAAUUAUAUGUAUAUAUAGGUAGGAAUGGUAAUUUAGUUUAAGUUGCAUCCUUGUGUUCAUUUUUUUUUUAUCUAGAUCAUGUGGAAUUAAUUGUAAAUAUAUGGUUUUAAUGCUGUGUCUAGCCCUUCGAAUGCAAGAGCCUGAAAGCGAGUGUGUUGUAUGUAUGUCUGAGAAACUGAGUUGUGCUGACAAUUUGUAGUUUCUAGUAUAAUAUACUAUCUUUAUUGUAUACUGAAUAUACCAUCAAUGGUUAGAAAUGUUGCCGAUGUCCUCAUCAUGACAACGGUAGAAACAUCAUGUUGAGUGUAAAAAAUUGUCUUUUUGUAUAUUUUUCAGUUUGCCAUUAUUUAACAGGCAUAUUAUGUUAAGUUCUGUCUACAAAUUUUCAACUCACUAGGUCAGGUUUUCUCUUCUACUUGGUCUAAAUACCACUAUCUACAUAGUGAAAAAUAAUUUCAGGUAUUUCUCGAAUCCCUGUUAAGGAUCCCUGUCCCAUUGCACUGUGGAUUUUCAGAUAUACAGUAACCUCCCCUUAACUUUCAUUUGGAUAUGAUCAUUACAAUAUUAAUUGCACCACAACUUCCCGUUGACCAUGCUAGGUAGCUCAAUCGAUUAGAGGGAAAGUAUAUUAAUCUGUAGUCAAGUGUUUAAAUCUUGUUUAGCCCCACUGAAUUUUUUCACUCCAGAACACUUGUUGAUUAUAUUCUGCAAGGUAUGUCUUUUUUUCAUAAAUGAUUUAUCGAAGCUAUAAUCCCACCGGAAAACAGUUCCCCAUGUGUGGUUAGUUUUUGACAGUGGUAUGGGGAUCCUUAAGCAGACGAGUUGUGGGUACAUUUGCAUCAACUGCUUGGGUGCGAGUUAAAACUAAUUAUGUAGAACAUAUCAAAAAUGGUCACGUAAAAGUUUGUGGGUUUAUUUUUUCUUAAUAACAAGUAACAAGUACCAAUUUCCGAUGGAGUUCUAAUGGAUACUUUCUGGGUUCCUUUUAUUACUGUACUAUUGGUACAUUAUUCAGACCAUAUUUGGUAUAUAAUGUAUAUCGUUAUUGAUUCUAUUUAUGCUGGUGAAACAUUUUGAAUGAGUGAAACAUUUUGAACGAGUCUUGUGUCAGUGAAUCAGAGGUAUGCUCUCAACAAGGAGAAACCUCCAAUAAAGUCAUGAAAUGUGAGACGUGUUGAAUUCUGUUUUUAGGAUUUUGUAUAUAUCUAUAAGGUUCAGGAAAUUGGCCAACAAGUUACUAUUUUUUACAAGUUUGACAAUAAUUUCAUUGCUCGAGGGAUUUUUUUAUAAACCGAAUUUGAAGAACUUUAUUGCGUGUAUAUUCAUUAAUGACAUGUAAUUGGGGAUUCAUAUGUAAAAUAUUCUGAAUUCUGCAACAACAGAAGUAUUCUGAUCAUUAAUACAAACAAAAGGAAAGGGGAAAAAAAGUUGGAGGGGAGAGAAAAAAAUCAAUUCAGAAAUCAUCGACUACAGAGUAAAUGCUUUUUUCCUCGUGUAUGUGAGGAUGUAGGAUAGAUGCUUCCUUAUUAAUUUCAAAUUAAAUGUAAUAGUACAAACAUUUUAAGGUAAUAUCAAGUCAGCAAGCAGGAAAAUGGGUAAAAUUGUAAGAAUUGUAGCAAAAAUCGUUGUGAAACCUAACGAGGAAUAGAAUAAAGCUACGAGGGAUUUAUGAUUAACUUUUCAACAUGUUAAUUUGAGGUACCUUCUUAGUACCCUUCUAUUCGAAAUGAAGAAAUAGCAUGUGAAUCACAAAAACAACUACCGUACAUGGUCUGGAUACCACUAGCUACAUAGCGAAUUGUUAUCAAGUUUUCUGGAGUUGUGUUGAUAUGGAAUGAUAGUUCAGUUAAGCACACUUGUGGGUACAUUUGCGUCGACAAGUUGAAAUUAACAACUGUGAAAAAUGUCUAGUGUCGGUUUUAUUUGAGGAACCUGCACAGUACACUUCUAAAUGAGGAAAUGGCAUGUGAAAAAUCACAAGAAUGAAUCCUUGAAAUGUCGUCGGCACCCAACAUAAUAACUAGGCUUUAAGGUAAGUGGCAAUUCAAAACUGCAAUGGUGGUGAAGCAUUCAUAUAAAUCCAGUUAUUACAACACUUAUUUUUGUCAAUAGUAAAUGGUUCAUUGAAGAUGGAAUUCCAAGGAUAUUGUGAAAAUAUUAACAGGAAAGUGGUCGAGACUUGGUCAACAUGUAGAAGUAAUUUGUGCUGUUCAGUUUGAACUGGUUACCGUUAAAUGACCAAUGUCACAAUAGUGUCUGUAUGUGUAUCUGGUUCAUCCUCCUAUUCCAAAUUAUUAUUCAUGUUUCAUGCAUAUGUUGAGCUAUUAUUACUGGUAUGUAGCUUUUUUAAGCAAGUUGUAAACAUGUGAAAAACUGGAAAAGAUAUGGUAAUGAAAUGCCUUUUAUAAACUGAAUUUUAGAAAUAUGUACAUCCUUCUUACUGUAGAUACUGCAGGAAUUACGAUCACUUUCGCUUGAUCUGCACCUCUGGAAUAUGUCGUAGCAAAAUUGAAGGAAUGUGGCUAGCUAUUUGAUUGGUUGAUGGUAAAUAAACCUGACCAAUCUCUAGGCUGAUAUCUGUCCAUUUAAGAUAACUGAGGAGCACCAAAGCCUUCCAUUUUGUAAUGACAUAUUCUAGGGGUGCAAGGAGCAAAAGUGAGCGUAGCCCUUGGAGUAUCGAGGAUAAACAACGUCUUGUCUGAAGCGUAUUUAAAUGGAUUUGUUUUAAAAAGUGAAGGUCCCACUAGCAUAGGGUUAAAUGUAUAACAAAUUACAAGUUUACCUUGCACACGGACCAGUGUAGUGUAUCUGUCUAAGAUUAUAUUUAUAAUGGAAGGUGUUUUAAUUUAGAUUUUAUUUUUCCCAACAUUUGGAACAAUUAUAAGCUCCAUCAUAAAAAGCUGGCAAAAAUCACAUUCAACUCCAUUUGUUUCCGAUUAAAUACAUUUUAAUCACAUAUACUUGCCAGCACCACUUGGCAUGUCAACAUUUAUUUGUAUCUCAUUUUUUGUGCAAAUAAAUCCUAAUAAAGAAACUUUUGUCAGAAAACUUGUUGUUCUUAAUUUCUAUACAUGAUUAGUAAAAUUCACUGCUUGCACUUCAGCCUGUAGUCAUCAAUUUUGAGACUAAGUUACACUUUCACAUGUACACAAAAUAAUUAAA